GCUCCUUACUUUUCACAGAGAGUGAAUCAACAAGCACCACAAAGCGAAGCUAUCAAAUUCUUUGUUUUCUUUUUUUUUUUUUUCCCUCGAGUUCUGGUUAGUUAUUCUGGGUAAGCGAUGGCUGGUAAAGGAGAGGGUCCUGCCAUUGGAAUUGAUCUGGGGACGACGUACUCAUGCGUAGGUGUUUGGCAACACGAUCGAGUGGAGAUUAUAGCUAAUGAUCAGGGUAACAGAACGACACCGUCGUAUGUUGCUUUCACCGACACCGAGCGUCUGAUCGGUGAUGCAGCAAAAAAUCAAGUCGCGAUGAACCCAACCAACACUGUUUUUGAUGCCAAGCGUUUGAUUGGGAGACGAUUCAGUGAUGCUUCAGUACAAGCUGACAUGAAACUAUGGCCAUUCAAGGUCAUUGCUGGCCCAGGUGACAAGCCCAUGAUUGUUGUCAAUUAUAAGGGUGAGGAGAAGCAAUUUUCCGCGGAAGAAAUCUCCUCAAUGGUUCUCAUUAAGAUGAAAGAGAUUGCUGAGGCGUAUCUAGGCACCACUAUAAAAAAUGGCGUCGUUACAGUGCCGGCUUACUUCAAUGACUCGCAGCGUCAAGCCACAAAAGACGCUGGUGUUAUUGCUGGCCUUAAUGUGAUGCGUAUUAUCAAUGAGCCAACUGCCGCCGCUAUCGCUUAUGGGCUUGACAAGAAAGCUGGUAGUUCUGGUGAAAAGAAUGUGCUUAUCUUUGAUCUUGGUGGUGGUACAUUUGAUGUAUCUCUUUUGACCAUUGAAGAGGGUAUUUUUGAGGUGAAAUCCACUGCUGGUGAUACUCACUUGGGUGGUGAAGAUUUUGAUAACAGAAUGGUAAACCAUUUUGUUCAAGAAUUUAAGAGGAAACAUAAGAAGGAUAUUAGUGGUAACCCUAGAGCCUUGAGAAGGUUGAGAACUGCCUGUGAGAGGGCCAAGAGAACAUUGUCGUCUACUGCACAGACUACAAUUGAAAUUGAUUCUUUGUACGAGGGUGUCGACUUUUACACAACUAUCACCCGAGCUAGAUUUGAGGAACUGAACAUGGACCUGUUCAGGAAGUGCAUGGAGCCUGUAGAGAAGUGUUUGAGAGAUGCUAAGAUGGACAAGAGCUCGGUCCAUGAUGUGGUUCUUGUUGGUGGGUCCACCAGGAUUCCCAAGGUUCAGCAAUUGCUACAGGACUUUUUCAACGGGAAGGAGCUUUGCAAGAGCAUCAACCCCGACGAGGCUGUUGCUUAUGGUGCGGCUGUUCAGGCUGCUAUCUUAAGUGGUGAGGGUAACGAGAAGGUGCAGGAUCUCUUGUUGCUCGAUGUCACACCUCUAUCUCUUGGUUUGGAGACUGCUGGUGGAGUUAUGACUGUACUGAUUCCGAGGAACACAACCAUCCCCACAAAGAAGGAACAGGUGUUCUCCACCUACUCUGAUAACCAGCCCGGUGUGUUAAUUCAGGUCUAUGAGGGUGAGCGUUCAAGAACUCGUGAUAACAACUUGCUGGGCAAGUUUGAGCUCUCUGGCAUUCCUCCUGCUCCGAGGGGAGUUCCACAAAUCAAUGUCUGCUUUGACAUUGAUGCUAAUGGUAUUUUGAAUGUCUCUGCCGAGGAUAAAACCACUGGACAGAAGAACAAGAUCACUAUUACAAACGACAAGGGUAGACUCUCCAAGGAAGAAAUUGAGAAGAUGGUGCAAGAGGCAGAGAAAUACAAGGCAGAGGACGAGGAGCACAAGAGGAAGGUGGAGGCAAAGAAUGCGCUUGAGAACUAUGCCUACAACAUGAGGAACACUAUUAAGGAUGAGAAGAUCAGUGCUAAGCUUCCUGCUGCCGACAAGAAGAAGAUUGAAGAUUCCAUUGAUGAGGCUAUUCAUUGGCUUGAUGGAAACCAGCUUGCAGAGGCAGAUGAGUUCGAAGACAAGAUGAAAGAACUGGAGAGCAUCUGCAACCCAAUAAUUGCGAAGAUGUAUCAGGGAGCUGGUGGUGAUAUGGGCGGAGGCAUGGAGGAGGAUGGUCCUUCUACUGGUGCCGGAAGUGGUGCUGGCCCCAAGAUUGAGGAAGUGGAUUAAGUAAUAGGAUUUGAUGGUUUGGGCUGAUGAAUAUGGUGUCUUCGC